CCACACGCCAGGGCAUGCGGUCCAUCGAUCAGAUGUUCUCAGGCCGAGCAGGUCGCCCAAGUGCUAGCACCCAUGAAACAGGCGCACACAACCCCAGCCAUGCCCCCGUGGCAAGCCGCCCCAGCACAGAUGCUGACGCCACAAACCAUGGGGUCUCCGUUUCAAGCUAAGUUGGUUCCUUACGUUACGUUUACGUACGUGUACGUUUACGUUUACGUACGUUUACGCGAUUCUGGUUUUAGGCCUGAAUGUACGGGCAGUCUAAAAAAAUUUAGGCUGCCCAAGGGAAAAAAAUGGGGGGGAUGGAAAGCCGACUUUUGUAAAAACGUUUGUAGGUUCUGAUCUUCUAGUAGAAGAUUAUCACGAGUGGGGUGCGACGAAAGUCACAAAUUGUUUAGCGAAAUUCCGCAUGCGCGAAAUCUCGUCGCUGGUGCGCAUCAAAUUUGGUGCCCCGGCAAUCCAACCCGUCAAUGAACAACCCCUACCUAACCCAACCCAACCCCCCUCGACAUGUGUUUCUCCUUCCUCCCUCGACGAAUGCCAAUCGCUAACCUUACUCCAGCGACAAUCAAGUCUAGACUACGUAGCAUCUUACGACUAGGAGGAACGCGUAUACUAUCAGCGCAACGAAUUUAGUUGCGACUUAGAUUGAUGGGGUAGAUCAGUGCGGAGCGUAGGCAUUAGCCGUAGCCUAGCCCUGAACAGCCUAGUAGUAGUUGUAAAUCGCGUUUUCUUAGGGGGAAAAUUUUGCCCGGGAAAAAAAAUUUGAGGCCUGCCCGGCGACGUACACGUAACGUACGCGUAACGUAACGUACCCGUAAAGUUACGCGUACUUUACGUGUACGUGGGCUAAAGUCACGUAAGGUACCAACUUAGGUUUCAAGCAACCCCACAUCUGCUCCAGGAGCGACCCACGAGUCCCCUUCGCCUUUGCUGAGGGCUUUUAGUCGAGGCUCCGCCUUGCUAAGAGACAAGCAUAGUGCCGCUGCCUCUGCUGGUGCAGCUGCCUCUGCUGGUGCCGCUGCCUCUGCUGGUGCCGCUGCCUCUGCUGGUGCUGCUGCCUCUGCUGGUGCCGCUGCCUCUGCUGGUGCAGCUGCCUCUGCUGGUGCCACUGCCUCUGCUGGUGCCGCUGCCUCUGCUGGUGCCGCUGCCUCUGCUGGUGCAGCUGCCUCUGCUGGUGCCGCUGCCUCUGCUGGUGCCGCUGCCUCUGCUGGUGCCGCUGCCUCUGCUGGUGCAGCUGCAACUGCUGUUGAAGCUGCCUCUGUUGGUGCCGCUGCCUCUGCUGGUGCAGCUGCCUCUGCUGGUGCCGCUGCCUCUGCUGGUGCAGCUGCCUCUGCUGGUGCCGCUGCCUCUGCUGGUGCCGCUGCCUCUGCUGGUGCAGCGGCUGCUCUUAGCGCAACACUUGGUGAACAGGGUGGGAUGAUGGGGAGAGGAGCUGGCGAUGGGGGGGAGGGGAGAGGCGUUGAGGCCAAUGGAAGGUGUGUGAAGCGGGGGGUGGAGCAGGAAGUAGCAGCAGGAAAGGCAGAAGGAGGGGCUGUGGAAGGGGGCAUUCAGGAGGGUUGGGAGGUGAAAGAUAAGGGUGGGGCAGUCAUGGGGGAAAGAGGGGGGGUUGAAGGGGAGGGCAACUCUGGAGAGGAGAAGGGAGAGGGGGGCUGUGACGGAAUGGAGAGGGGUAAGAGGGAGAAGGGGUUCAGAGAAUUGCAAGGUAGGGUGGGGGGAGGAGAGGAGGGUCAAGGGUCACGGGGGAAGGGAGAUUUAGGGAGAUUGAAGGCAGCAGGGAGAGGGAGAGGAGGGAGGGGAGGGAAAGUGAGGGGUGGUAAAGGAAGAGCGAGCUCACGCAGCACAGGGGCUUCAGUCGAAGGGGCCCUGGUGAGGAUGCUUGGCCAGAGAAGAGUGAGGGAUGCGGAUAUAGAUGCGAGGGGGAGGGAUGCGGAUAUAGAUGCGAGGGGGAGGGAUGGGGAUAUAGAUGUGGGGGGAGAAGGCGGAUAUAGAGCGAGGGGAAGGGAUGCGGAUGUAGAGGAAAGGUGCCGUUUGGGAGUGGUACCAGGAGAUAUAGAGGUGAGGGGUGAUGUGGAAGGGGUGGCGGCUGGUGCGGCAAGCUUUGCUGCAUAUGACCACAUGGAGCAGGAGGAGGUUACAGACGGAGGAGGCUGGGCCGGCUGUGAGGAGAAGGGGGAAGAGACAGACUGCGAGGAGUCUGAGGAGCGUGGAUGUGGGUCGGAACGAAAGAAGCAACGAGUUGAUAGGAGGGACGACGGUAUGGUGGGAGGCAGCAAGAUGGAUGAUGAAAAUGCAUCGGAGGGAAUGGGGGUUAUUGAUGGAAAGACGCAAGAUAGUGCGGCUGGUGUGGGGGGGGGAUCGGCUGGUGUGCCAGGACAUGGCGGUGCCAAUGGCUGUGGGGAGGAUGCACAUUGUGGUGCGGGAGAAUGGGAGGGUCACCACCAGCCACCUACUUCGUUUCAAGAGCGUAUUGAGCCAUCCGGUUCGGCCCUGGGGGCUUCUCACUCUCCCUCGUCUUCCACUUUAUGUGGGUUUGAUUUCUCGGCUGUGGACGUCAAGCAGCAGCAGCGACUCUUGGCAUGCUUCUCCCGACAGCAUAUCAAGUCGUCGCCAGAGAGUUCAGGGGACAAAGCUAGAGACAAGGGAAAGAAAGUAGUGAAGAAGAGUGGGAUGGGUAGAAGUAAAGGUCAAAGCAACAAGGGAAAGCAAGAAAGGCAGCAGAAGAUUGGGAGUUACUUCGGCACUGGUUCGUAACACUGGCAAUCCGUGGAAUUGACAUGAGACGAGUUAGUACCCUUUUCCAAUGUGUGUGUAUGUCCUCAUCUGAUGCAUACUACAUAUUGUCUGAAAAUUCUGCCU